AUGUUUGCAGCUGCGAUCCGAGAACGCUGGCCUGAUGUUCGUCACUGCUUCCUGCAGCAAGCAUCCUGCUCGACUCCGGAGCGUGAGCGGAGCCUCAGACACGAGUUCAACGACCUUCUCUUCGACUACCUCGGCGGCGGAUGUUGCAACUACUGCUAUUACAACCUCAAGCACCACCACGGAGGAACCAUCAACUAUGGCAAUGGGGUGCAGUCGAUUUCCAGUGACACUGUGGUGAUCGACAGCGUCUGGAUUCGCAAGUGGAAGCGCCGCCACGACGGCUCUCGACGCGUGAAGUCGAGAUUGUGUGCCAGAGGCUGCUUUGACAAUCAGCGGGAAACUCUGUCGACGCGCUCGACAACCGCUACAAGAUUGAGCCAACGCAUCCUUGUGUCCACGGCGGUGAACCACGGUCAUGACACUGAGAGCUGGGACGUUUCUGGUGCCUUUCUAAAAGGACUGACGUUCGAGAAGGUCCGCGAGCUCCUGGCUUCACGAGGCAUUACGUCUCCAGUGAGGAAGGUGGUCAUCAUCGCUCCGGCCAAUGUGUGGAGACACCUUGCCAAGUUUGACGCGUCCUUUCGUGUUGACUUUGAGCGCCUGGACGAGUGGGCACUGCUGUGCAUCAAGCCGAUUUAUGGGCUGAAUGAUGCUCCCUUGGCUUGGCAGUUGUGCUUGCAUGGUCACUGGGAAGAACAAGGUGGUGUGCCGUCACUGUUGGACGAGAACUACUUCAUCUGGCGCUUCCAGGACGGUGACCGGGCAUCCGUGACCACUCACGUAGACGACUGUGGGGCAGAGGGCUCCCGCAAGUGGCUGGAUGAGCAGUACAACCUCCUUGUCAAGAAGUUCGGCAAGGUCACGAGGCAGACGCUUCCGUUCACGCACUGUGGUGUGGUCUACCGCAGGGUUGCAGAUGGCAUCUGCAUGGAGCAGGAUGACUUCUGUAGCAAGCUCAAGAUCUUGGUGGACAUCGACAAGACCCGGCGUGACGAAGACGACCUCACACCGGCGGAGCUCACCUCUUUUCGGUCCGUGCUCGGAGGGUUACUCUGGUUAACUGCCACUCGCCUUGAUAUCGUGGCGGAGGUGUGCACCCUCCAAUCGAUGGUGACCAAGGCGAAGAUCAGUCACCUGAAGCAGGCCAACGCGGUUGUCAAACGAGCUCAAGCCGAGAUCGGGCAAGGCCUCGGACUGUGCUACAGAAAGCUUCGAGCCCCAUACCGGCUGGCAUGCGCGCAUGAUUCCUCGGCGGCUGGGAAUGUUCGUCAGUACGCCCAAGAGGGUAUCAUGGUGCUCUUGCUUGAGGAUAAGCUCAGAGGCUUUGACUCCUAUGAGCACAUCGUGGAGGAUCACGUGACCCACAAGCUGGGCGGCAAGUGCCACGUCUUGUGGGCGCACGGUGCCAAGGCAAAACGUGUGUCUUACUCCACUUCUCACGCGGAGACACUUUCGGCAGUCUCAGGCAUGGAGACCUCCACGCUGGUGGCUGUUCGCUUGGCUGAGCUCCUUUACACUCCGAAGCCUCCAACGAUCCAAGCUCUCAUACUGCUUCAGGAAGGUGGCGUUGCAGAAUUGCCCUGCGACGGGUACACUGACUGUAAAGACCUGUUCGAAUUGGCGUCGGGGGCGUCCAGUGCACCACAGGACAAGACACAGAGAUUGUACGUCAUGUCCCUUCGGGAAGCACGACUCUGUGGGCGCCAGCGGUGGUUCAUUCUCACACCGACUGCGAGCAUGGUGGCGGAUGCAUUGACAAAGCCAAUGUUGGCUCCUCAGAUGAUGCAUCUUCUGAGCUCCGGCGAGGUGCUGUUCCAGAACCAGGAGAGCCACAAGAUGAUCCUGCGGCGUGUGCCAAAGAUCAUGGUGAUCACGGAAGAACACCUCAACAGGUCCGACAAGGCCCUGGUGUUUCUGGAUGGUGAUGGCGGCCACGACGACGGCCUCUUCAGCUUCUCCGAGCUCGUCAUCUUCUACCACUACCAGCUCAUCGCCUACGGCAUCCACGUGUCCUACUUCUGCACCGGACGACGGUUGGUUGUCACCGGCAAUGCGGCAGACCCAGAGCCUGAUGCUGAACCUCCUGCGACACCAAGACCGCCUCCUGUUCCUCCUCAAGAACCUCGCACGGAAGCUCCACCGGUUCCUGAACGGCAAGAUCACGAGCUAGAUGGCUUGCGUGCUCAGCUCCGGGAACUGCGACGAGAUCAUGCUCAACUGGCUCAGCUGUACGACCAGCAGCAUGACAGGGCGAAUCGCCUCCAAAGGGAGAUCGAUGCCCAUACUGGCGAGUGUCCUCUGGGUAGCACCAAGCUCCGAAACGCGAGCGGAGUGAACUUCUGUACACGUACUUGGAUCUACAAGUGUCGCAGCGCUUGGGCCUAA